AUGAGGGCCGAGCGGAUAGCGGCCGGGCUCCAGUCCGGGUGGGCCGCCUUGAGCAGAGCCGCCAGGCCGCUGACGUGGGGGCACGACAUCGAUGUCCCCGACACUAUGUUGAAAUCGACCUUGCGGUUGUCGAAUUCUAGGCCCGAGGGACCCGCGGCCCGUGACCACCCGGCUAGGAUGUCGACACCUGGCGCGAUCAGGUCCGGUUUCAGCACCUCGGGCACGAUUUCGCUCGGGCCCCUCGAGCUGAAGGCGGCGAGCGCCGGCGACGGCUUGACACCGAGCCUCGUCCUGCCAAACUGGAAUGUGGCAUUGAGCGGAGGAGGAGGAGGAGAUAUAUUUCUUCAUCUCGUCGCCCGCAAUCUGGCCGACAGCUACGGCCGGAAGAACGUGAGCGUCGGCCACCAACUCCUCUCCGUCGCCCAUGGUGUUGGCUAG